UCGUCGCCGUUCGUACGUACAGUAGACGUGAAAGGGGAGCAAGAGACUAUUUACAGUCCGCAGUGGUAGGUAUCAGACUACUCUGUGUUGAAAUGACAAAGUACUCGACAUAAUGAACUCACAAAGACCCUGCGGGUGUUUCGCUCAGUCGUCAAACUCACGUGAGGAGUUGGCUUCGCUUCCCUCUGAAGCAGCUCGAUUCAAUGAAGAUACGCCGACCGAGUACGAAAGGAAUGUGAUUACCAUCUGAUAGUGAGCGACGGUCAUCCUCUGACUCAGAGUUAAAGUCGCGCGCAAGGCGAGAGGUUCUCCGAUUAUGAGACUACGUGGUAUUUAUCUGCUGUUCCUGGUCCUCUGCUGCAACAUAUUCAUCUCGAAAUCGACGAAAUACAAUCAGCAAAGUUCCAACGACGAUGACGAUGACUGGGACGACGAGGAUGACGAAGAAGGGGACGACAGCAACGAGGGAAACCAAAAACCGGAUCUCGACGACGACGGACGAAGAUACAAAAAUCCCAGAAAUUCGCCGUCCUCCAUGUGUCCCCGUGACGAGGAGCAGGCUGAACGACUGAGCCAGAAAUGUUUGAGAAAAUGCUCCACCGACGAGGACUGCAAGAGCAAAAAGAAAAAGUGCCGUUGCGACGGAGCCUGCGGAAUGUCCUGCAUAAAACCGGAUCGUGAAUGCCCGGAGCUUCCCGAAAUCCCCUACGCCACCAUGACGAUCAAUGAAAGAUUUUUCGGGGAUACGGUCAAGUACGUUUGCGAUCCCGGUUACUUCGCCGUCGGUCUUUCCACCAGAUCCUGCAGAGCUGACGGCCAGUGGACGGGCUCGACGCCGGCUUGCAAGAAGGAUACCAACACUUUCUGCGGGGAACCACCGAAAGUGAAGAACGCGCGGAACAACGCACUCCCCGAACAAACGACCUUCGAUCUCGACAGCACCGUGCAAUAUUUCUGCCAUCACGGUCACGCUACCGAUGGAUUUCUCACCGCCAAGUGCCUCACCAAGAAUAAAACCCCCGCCGCAUGGUUCGGUCCCGAUAUCUCCUGCAAACCGAUGGACUGCGGACCGCCGACGAACAUCCCGAACGGGUGGCACGCUGGUGAAUGCUACACCUACGACUGUCGGGUGUCGUAUCACUGUGCUCAAGAUUUUGAGUUGGUCGGUCGAAGGGAGAAGGUUUGCUCCGCCGAGGGAACGUGGACACCCAAAGAGUCGCCGCAAUGCGUUCAGGUCAGCUCCGUGCAAUGUCCACCUCCAGAGAGCCCGAGGCAUGGCAAAGCAAUUUACACAUCUUGCGCGUUCAAUGCAAUUGUCUCAUACGAGUGUAGUUACGGGUAUGCGGUAGUUGGGGACACGAAUAGACGAUGUCUAGCUGAUAAAAAAUGGUCCGGACAGCCUCCGCUCUGCAAGGAAAUAAACUGCGGACAUCCGGGUAUUUUGUACAACGGGUGGAUCGAAAAUAUUGAAUCAGGCGCAAGCAUAAUCUUUCGCUGCAACGCCGACAUGAAAUUGGAGGGAAAUACCUCCUCGGUAUGCCAGAUUGACGGACGUUGGCGUUAUCCUGUACCGCGUUGUUUAGCGCGUUGCAUCGUCCCCGUGAUACAAAAGGGUUACGUAGCGGUCGCGAACCGCUCCAAGGACAGGAUCAACAACGUAUCGGUCGUGGAACAUGGUGAAAAAUUGAUCGUCGUGUGCCAACCGAAUUACGAGUUUCCCGCCAACAAAACACCGGUGGUAUGCAAUAACGGCACGUGGACAAUAAUACCACGAUGCAAACCGGCCCGGUGCAAGCAAAUGCCGAGAGCGCCGAGAAAUGGGAUGGUCAUCGCUCCGAAGACGGAACAUGGGAUGAGAGCGGUCUUCAAAUGCAAAGAUGGCUUCGAACUCAUUCUCAAAGGCGACUCGCACUACGUUGAAUGCAGUUUUGGUAAUUGGACGGGCGAAAUUCCUUACUGUCGCGAAGUGUUCUGCCCAUUUCCUGGCUACAUAACUAACGGGAAAGUUUUGCUCGUAGGGAAUAUGGGAGUCUAUGACUUUAGGCCGUACGUUAAAAAAAUCGUAAACAAUAAACAGAUUAUGUACGACUGUGACCGGGGGUACGUGUUGAGCGAAGGUGCACCCGGUGCUACGUGCAUAGGGGGUAAUUGGAGUCCGAAAGAAUUGCCGAAAUGCGUACUGGGUCAACAUCCACGAUUGAGAUGGAGCCGGAGGAGGAGAUCCCUCAUCAAGCUGCUGCGGAAUAGUAACGAAAAUUCGGAUCGCUACGAGAGAAUAAAGGAUCACUAUUUUAAGAAAAUGACGGAGCAGUAUCUGCACUUGAAGGAACUGCAAGCUCGGAAACAACCGAAUCGUAGAUUGACGGCGAUACUUAGAGACUAGAAAACGAGCUUGAUAGGAUUAAAAAAACCCGGAGCUAUGCGAUUUAUUUUCCUUCGUAGAUUUAAAAGAAACGUUUUCUGUGACCUUUAAUCAAGAUUUAGAAUACAACCAUUUCGCGGAGAGAAUCUCUGUUCAACGAUAAAUUUCGUUAGACAUUCGUACCCAUAUUCUGACGAUGGAUAUGACUUAUAUGUUCGCUCGGAACAAAUCAUAUAGCUAAUAAUAAAUUAAUCAACAAUUAACACGAGUAGGACCAAAGAUCAUUUUUAGGAAUGUAUGCAAAAAUAUUGUAUUGUAUGAUCAAGAUAUAUUUAAUGGAAUGAUAAAGAGCUUUUCUGCACGAACUUCUACCAGGAAUAAACAAUCACUACCGACAAGAAACUAUGUAUUGUGAUGAAUGAAACUUGUCGAUUUUUAAUAAGUAAAUCUAAUAAUUUCGCCAACUUUAAUCGAAGUGUGAUCAAUAUGCCUUUUCGUAGAUGAUUCUAUGCAUAACGUAAUAAACAUUUUUAUAGAUUCUUCUGAAUCAUUCAACUGCAAUCACUUUCAGUGCGCGCCAAAUAUUGAACGAUUGAAAGGAUGAUAUAAAAUUAGAAUUCGCGCCUUUCAUUCGGGAUGAUUCGGGAAUCAGAUGCGUGCGCCUUACUCGAACGGCAUUUUCGCGCCGUUUUCUGAGGGAUUCAAUGAACGAUGGCUGCAAAUUGCGCGGACAGAAGACCGAGCUGUGAUCGAGCAUAACCACUUCAGACAGAGUUGAUGCAAAGCUGGGAUUCGCGCAGUUCCGCGUAUAUUAUUUUGUGUUCACUAAUUCACUGUUAUUCGUAAGGUGAAUAAAAUUAAUGUGUGUCGUGACCAUUAACUGGAAAAAAAAUGUCUAAA